UCAGAUACCAAAGCAGAAGACUUCACAAGUUGAAAACCCAAAACCUUUCCUUUUCCAUAACCCCACUCAACCCUCUCUCUCUCUCUCUCAUGGAAAGAAACCCAAAACAAAGGGAGGAAGAAACUGAAGAAAGAGGCGGUGGCGGUGCUGGUGGUGUCGGUGCAUUAUUAAUGGCCGAAGGUGGUGCAGAGGAGAUAGCCAAGGAGAUUGUGGCAGCAGAGGAGGCUCCUCAUCCGUACGCUUUUCAUGUAUCUGGACCUCGAAAUUUGACUGCUCCGAAUUGGAGGGACCUUAUAAACUCUAGUUGGAAGGACGGGAAUUAUAAACGAACUGUAAUCGCAUGCUUCAUACAAGCAAUAUAUUUGCUUGAACUCGACAGACAAGAGAAUAGAGAUGAAGCAAAUGCUCUAGCUCCUAAGUGGUGGAUACCCUUUAAGUAUAAACUAUCCCAAACCUUAAUCGAUGAAAGAGAUGGAUCCAUAUUUGGGGCAAUUUUGGAAUGGGAUCGAUCUGCAGCACUUGCUGACUUUGUACUCAUCAGACCAAGCGGUGCACCAAAGGCGGUUCUAGCACUUAGAGGAACAUUGCUCAAAGGCCCAACUAUGCGAAGGGAUAUUGAAGACGACCUUCGUUUUCUUGCUUGGGAGAGCUUGAAGGGCUCUGUUAGGUUUAAAGCAGCUAUGGAGGCUUUGAAAUCAGUUGCUGAAAGGUAUGGAAGUAGUAAUGUUUGUAUUGCGGGACACUCAUUGGGGGCUGGAUUUGCUCUCCAAGUAGGAAAAGCAUUAGCCAAAGAAGGGAUGUAUGUGGAAACUCAUUUGUUCAAUCCGCCUUCUGUUUCCCUAGCAAUGAGCUUCAGAAAUAUCGGAGAGAAAGCAGGAUUUGCUUGGAAGAGAUUUAAGUCAAUGCUCCCUUUGAGAAGUGGAGCUCAGGUCAGCAGUGAAGAAGGGGAUAGGACUUCUGGUUUUGGAUUGAAGAAUUGGAUGCCAAAUUUUUCGGGUUUGAAGAAUCCUGGUAUGGGUUUGGGAAAAUGGGUUCCUCAUUUGUAUGUAAAUAACAGUGACUACAUAUGCUGUUCUUAUACUGAGCAUGAUGGAGCAGAAGUAAACAAUCCUAACAAGGAGAAUGUGCGUCCAACAAAUGGUCAAGUAGCAGCAAAGCUGUUUGUGAUGUCAAAGGGAAACCAGAAGUUUUCGGAGGCUCACGGUUUAGAGCAAUGGUGGUCUGAUGAUUUGGAACUUCAACUGGCUAUGCAUAACAGUAAGCUCAUUAGCAGGCAGCUGAAAUCCUUGUAUAGCCUUCCAGCUCCACAACAAACACUUGCUAGAUAACAAAGGCCCUCUUGUUUUCUUUCUUUCUUAAAUAACUCGUUUUCGACUUGGGCCUUCCAUACUGUCAUGUUUUUAUACUUUGUCCAUCUGCUCAUAAUGGCUAUUGCCUUUGCU